UACAAAACCCAAAUAUAUCGUUUGUUUUCGUAAUUUUAAGCAGUUUUCGGGAAACGACAAUGUGUAAAGCGCAAUAAGUCCAUAUAAAUAGUACCGAUUGCUAGCAAAACCUUUGUAAAGCCCGCUGCGUUUUGAAAUAUUGUACUGUCGGGAUACUAUGGCCAUAUAUUCAAUACAGCUGCAAAAGACCGUAGAAAUUGCAACCCGCGAGACCUACUUUUCGGUGAUAGUAAUCCGCUAUUCCGACCGUGAACUAGGCAGCGACUAUUGAUACUACCGAGUAACAUUCGAUCUACAAGUGUUUACUCAUAAACUGCUCUUACCAUGGACACUACCGGGGACGCCGGUAAGGAAGACGACGAUGAGAGUUCGUCUCAUGUACAAUCGGCCUUGGAAGACUUUCGAGAAAAAUGGCAACAGGAACUUGCUGGAGGAGGAGGAGGGGGUAGCUCACAUAAGAAACAGCUUCCUGCGGGCAGUGCCUUGAUGGACAAUGGACCAGUUUCCAUCGAGCAGCAGGCGAAAAAUUUGUUUCUGCAAGGGUCGGAACUAGAACGAACUGGCAAGGUUUUUGAAGCGAUGCGAUUAUAUCGACGGGCCGUGCAACUUGUGCCGGACAUUGAAUUCAAAGUGUACGACAAAAAAGUAUCGAACAGACAGCUGGAUCGAAGCAAUGAAAUGGCUCUUUCUGGGUCAAAAAUGGAUCAGUUGGCUAAUAGUAUGAAUAAAACUAACAUAAACGAUGCCGAGAGUUUGGAGGAAGUGGAUUUAGUUAUGCGCUUCCAGUCGAUGUUAUCAAAAUCAGGAAAAUUAUUCGAAAGUGCAUCCGCUGCUGAUAGAAUGCUGAUUGUAACAUCUGCUCAUUUCUCCGAUCUACCGAUGGAGCUUAUCUUGUACAUACUUCGUUGGGUGGUAUCUAAUGAAUUGGAUUUUAGGUCUUUGGAGCGCUUCAGUGGAGUGUGCCGUGGGUUCUAUCUGCUAGCUAAAGAUCCCGAAAUAUGGAAAAGAGCUUGUAUCAGAGUGUAUGGAGUUAAUGUAGGGAAUCUGAAAGGUUCUCAAUUUUCAUCCUGGCGAGAGAUGUAUAUCAAUCGGCCACGAGUUCAUUUUCACGGGUGCUACAUCAGCCGCACCAGUUAUUUGCGCUUGGGAGAAAACAGCUUCCAGGAUCAAUUUUAUCGGCCGGUUCAGCUGGUGGAGUAUUUCCGCUACUUCCGAUUUUUCGCCGACGGAAGAGUACUAAUGUUGACCAGUCCAGAGGAACCGCAAAGUUGUGUUAGUAAACUGAAAGUUCGAUCACCCGCCCAAAAUGAAAUACUUAAAGGUCACUACAGACUUCACAACGACGAAGUUAUUAUUGCGGUACAGAGAAACCGACCCAAUGUACAAAAUCAACGUCCAGGUCGCAAAAAGGAAAUUGAAUCAGAAUACGGGCAACAAACUUUCUAUCUUGAACUGCAAGUUGUUAGCACAACCAAACGAGCUUUUUCACAACUUCAUUGGAGGCAGUACUCGAUGGUUCAACUUCGCAACAGCCAGGAGAAAACCACUGCGUUCGAACUAGCUCCAACCAAGUACCCGCCGUUAUACUUCUCGCGCGUUAAAAGCUACCAUCAAGAAUCGGAUGGCCCAUUAAAGUGAAAAACAAAACGCGCAGAUGGCACUGCACUUGCAUGCAUGGUGGUUGUUAUUCAUGUUCGCAGAUAUUUCAUUAUUACUCAACUCAAUAAAACAGCUUGGGUAGAACACACAUAAUGUUAUGCUUAAAAUUA